AUGGGCGGCUUGAAACUGCUCAGGCUGAAUAGCAUUUGCUGUUCCGUCCCCGCGGCCGCCUCCCGCCGCCCUUGCAAGAGCAGCUCUCUCAUUCUCCUGGAAGUUGUGCUGACACAGUCUCGCUGCCACAAGAAGUUUGUCAACAUCAAACUUCUCCUGCGCGCGCGAGGAGGAGCUGCUCGGCUCCCGUUCGCUCCCCCCCCCCCCCCGUUCGCGGCGCCGAGGCAACAGCGCGCAGCGGCGGCAACAGUUCGCCGAGGCUGCACCCCCCCGACCCACCCCCCCAAAACUCGCGGCGCCCGCGCACACGCGAUGUAA